AUGCCAGUAGAAACAGAUCUCAAAACGGCGUAUUCCCUGUUGUAUGACGCAAAAAACCCCGGCGACGCAUUAGAAGUGUACGAUUCGGUCUUGCAGCAGUCGCCCGCCAAUUUUGUGGCACAUAUAUACAAGGCCGCAUGCCUCGAGAAGUUGUACUACGGAUUCAAGAGCUGGCAUAGUGACAAGACGUUGGAAAAUGCAUUGGAGUUGUUGGAAUCUGCGGUAGAGAUUGCACAGCGUAGAGGGGAUCGGUCUAAACUGGCUUUAGCUAACUUCCGGCUCUGUGUGCACUUUUACAAUCGUAAACAAUACCCAGCCGCUGAUGAGUACUUCCGAAAAGCUCGCGAACUUCAGUACCAAGAUGACACAAUGCCCAUCUGGGAGGCAAACCUUGCAAAUAAAAUGAAAAAGUGGAAAGAAAGGCACGGGCCCGCUAGUCUUGGCGAUCAGGAAGCUGGGAAACUCGAGAGAAGCAGCGUGAAUGAAUCCUCACUUCAUAGAAAUCCAAAAAACGACGAAGUGUCCAAGAAGCCUACUUUCAAAAUGGACUGGUACCAGACUGCCACAACAAUAACUAUAUCAUUGUUCACAUCGUCGCUUCCGAGAGAUAAGGACUCUCUUCACGUGUAUCUUUCUCCUGGCCAUCAAGAUCUGGAAGUCACAUAUCCUAUUCCUUCAUCGGGCGGAGAAUUCCAAUACACUGCAAAACUUUUACAUGAGGUGGAUCCUGACCAAAUCCGAGUCAGUAUAUUGUCUAAAAAGAUCGAAAUUUCACUAGCGAAAAAGGUCAAGACUCAGUGGAAACAGCUUGCUAAGUCCACUGACCCAUCGAUUACCUCAAAAGGAUCUUCCCCGUUACCUAUAUCCGAUGCACACGGCAACACUGAAUCUGCCAAGCUCUACCCCACGUCGUCAAAGAAAAAUAUCGACUGGUCAAAAUUAGAGGUUGAUGAUGAUGAACAAAACCAAUCAGCCGAUGCUUUCUUCCAGCAGUUGUAUUCGGGCGCUGAUCCUGAUACCAGGCGUGCCAUGAUGAAAUCUUUCGUCGAGAGCAACGGUACUGCGUUAAAUACAAAUUGGGAAGAGGUGUCGCAAAAGAAGGUUGAAACUGUUCCUCCAGAAGGCUCAGAGGCGAAAAAGUGGUAG